CACAGGAAGGUUUAGAUGUGCUUUGUUUCUCUUUCAGAUCAACCAGAGCAUGUUAAAACUCACUGUGAGCACCACAGAGACAGUGUAAAGACCACCAGUGCUGAUGGAUAUCCUAUAGUUGGAGCCUAUGUACCACAGUGUGAUGCAGAAGGACAGUAUCUAUCUCAGCAGUGCCAUGGCUCCACUGGCUAUUGUUGGUGUGUGGACAGUAGAGGAGAGGAGAGAGCAGGAACCAGGACUCCACCUGGUGCAGCACCUGUAGACUGUGACAGACCAGAUGAGCGUCUCAAAACUCACUGUGAGCACUACAGAGACAGCGUGAAGGCCACCAGUCCAGAUGGAAAUCCUAUAACUGGAGUCUAUGUACCACAGUGUGAUGCAGAAGGACAGUAUCUACCUCAGCAGUGCCAUGGCUCCACUGGCUAUUGUUGGUGUGUGGACAGUAGAGGAGAGGAGAGAGCAGGAACCAGGACUCCACCUGGUGCAGCACCUGUAGACUGUGACAGACCAGAUCAACCAGAGCAUGUUAAAACUCACUGUGAGCACCACAGAGACAGUGUAAAGACCACCAGUGCUGAUGGAUAUCCUAUAGUUGGAGCCUAUGUACCACAGUGUGAUGCAGAAGGACAGUAUCUAUCUCAGCAGUGCCAUGGCUCCACUGGCUAUUGUUGGUGUGUGGACAGUAGAGGAGAGGAGAGAGCAGGAACCAGGACUCCACCUGGUGCAGCACCUGUAGACUGUGACAGACCAGAUCAACCAGAGCAUGUUAAAACUCACUGUGAGCACCACAGAGACAGUGUAAAGACCACCAGUGCUGAUGGAUAUCCUAUAGUUGGAGCCUAUGUACCACAGUGUGAUGCAGAAGGACAGUAUCUAUCUCAGCAGUGCCAUGGCUCCACUGGCUAUUUAUAGGAUAUC